CAUUCAUUAUUGAACUAAAAAGUGACAGUUCGAAAUUCAAGAUGAAGAAAUUAAUGUACUUAAUCCUGAUCUGCGCAGCUAGUGCUAAAUAUUGGCACACUCUUCAGCAGCCGAAAAGGUACAAGCCCGAAUGGGAACAUUUGGACACAAGAUUGUUACCUCAGUGGUAUGAUAGAGCAAAGAUCGGCAUAUUCGUCCACUGGGGCGUCUACUCCGUCCCUGGAUACCAUUCCGAAUGGCUCUGGAACAUCUGGCAGGAUCCCACGGCUAAAGGUCACAAAGCAGUAAAGAACUUCAUGUCACGUAACUACCGGCCCGGCUUCACGUAUCAGGAGUUUGCUCCCUUGUUCACUGCUGAAUUCUUCGACCCCGACCAAUGGGCCGCACUCUUCGCGAAGUCAGGGGCACAAUAUGUCGGUCUCACAAGCAAGUACCACGACGGCUUUGCACUAUACCCAUCAAGCCAUUCCUUCGGCUGGAACGCAAUCGACAUCGGCCCGCAUCGCGACAUCGUCGGCGAACUUUCCAAGUCCGUCAGAAACAUCGGCUUGGACUUCGGCAUAUACCACUCCUUCUACGAAUGGUUCAACCCUUUAUACCUUCAAGAUAAAGCAGUCAAAUUCCUUACGCACAAAUUUCCUGAUAAAAAAUUGUGGCCAGAUCUGAUUCAGCUAGUCUAUGAUUAUAAGCCGUCAAUUGUAUGGAUUGAUGGCGAAUGGGAAGCUGAUUAUAGUUACUGGGACUCAACCAACCUGAUGGCGUGGUUGUACAACAGCAGCCCGAUGAAGGAUCGUGUCGUGGUCAAUGAUAGAUGGGGGCGCGGCAUCAGGUGUCAGCAUGGGGACUUCGACAACUGCGGUGAGAGGUAUAAACCUGGACUUCUGCCGAAGCAUAAAUGGGAGAACGCGUUUUCCCUGGACCGUAGAUCAUGGGGGUACAGGAGGAACCUUUGUGUCAAGGACGUUGUGUCUAUGGAGGAGUUAUUGGACAUUGUUGUGCGGACAGUCAGUUGUGGAGGGAACGUCCUGAUCAACGUGGGUCCUAACAGAGAGGGUAUAAUCGCGCCGAUAUUCCAAGAAAGACUCCUGGGUCUCGGGCGAUGGCUGGAGGUCAACGGAGAAGCCAUCUACGGGACCUCUCCCUGGUUCCGUCAAAAUGAUACUGCCAAUGACGACGUAUGGUACACCUGUACCAAAUUACAGUACAAUGCUGCUGAACCAACAGCCAUACCAGAACUAUCCGAUACAAUAACCGCAGUGUACGCGAUAUUCAUGAAAUGGCCCGUCUACGAUCUGUUACGGGUCAGAGAUAUAGUUCCUGUGCUACUGAAUUCCACAUACCAGGUUCAGAUGCUUGGGCAGAAAGGUUACUUGGAGUGGAGAGUCGUCAAUGGUCAAGCUCUCAUCCAACUGCCAGACAAAGCCCAGGUCAGAUCCGACCACGCCUGGACCCUCAAGCUGACUCAGAAGACCUCCUGGGCCCCACACAUGCACUCAAGAAUGGACCUUUCUAGAUAUGGAUGAAGUAAGGUGUAUU